ACUGACGCCGCUCACGUGACUCGAAGGGCGUGACCAUUGGCCUGUCAGAGGGCGUGGUCUACCAACUGACGUCCGUGCGUGUUGACGUAGCUGGAAGACGACAAGAAGGCGGAGGAUUGUGCGGUCGCCAUGUCAGCGAUGAGCGCACAGACCGGCGGACGGAGAAGCAAAUGGGACCAGCCGGGCCCUGUGGCUGCCACCCUGCUCCUGCCCGGGGUGAUGCCAGUGAUACCAACUGUAGGCACAACCAUGUACAUGCCGCCUGCAGAGGAGAAGCUGCCGACCAGCACAAGCGAGACAGUCAGUGCACCCUCCGGGGCCCUCGACGCUGCUGCUGCCGUGGCGGCUAAAAUCAAUGCCAUGCUGAUGGCCAAGGGGAAGAUCAAACCUGCCCAGAACACUCCAGACAAGGUCCCGGUAGCAGGAAAGCCUCCAGCUGCAACCAAAAGCAAAGACGAUCUUGUGGUGGCCGAAGUGGAGAUCAAUGACGUGCCGCUGACCUGCCGGAACCUGCUGACCAGAGGGCAGACACAGGAUGAGAUCAGCCGGCUGAGCGGGGCAGCUGUGUCCACAAGGGGGCGAUACAUGACCCCGGAGGAAAAAGCCAAAGUGGGGCCUGGAGAUCGGCCGCUCUAUCUACAUGUUCAGGGUCAGACCAGGGAACUUGUGGACCGUGCAGUGAACCGAAUCAAGGAAAUAAUUACCAAUGGAGUAGUGAAAGCAGCCACUGGUUCCAGUCCAACCUUCAAUGGCGCCACUGUGACUGUAUAUCACCAACCAGCCACCGUGACACCGGUAGCGCCUGUGGCACCUCCCAAGCCACCCUUUCAGUCUGGGUUACAUUACGUCCAGGACAAGUUAUUUGUGGGGCUGGAGCACGCCGUAAUCACUUUCAACGUGAAGGAGAAGGUGGAAGGGCCGGGUUGUUCUUACCUUCAGCACAUCCAGAUGGAAACUGGAGCUAAAGUGUUCCUCAGAGGAAAAGGUUCGGGUUGCAUUGAGCCGGCAUCUGGACGGGAAGCCUUUGAGCCCAUGUACAUCUAUAUCAGCCACCCAAAGCCUGAAGGCCUGGCAGCUGCCAAGAAGCUGUGCGAGAAUCUCCUACAGACAGUUCACACGGAGUAUUCCAGGUUUGUCAAUCAGAUCAGCUCUGCCGCUCCUCUACCCGGGUAUGCCCAGCCACCACCAAUGAGCGCUGUACCCAUCCAACCGCCAUACUAUGCAACGAACGGCUACCAGACUGGAUUUCCUGUGGUGCCACCGAUACCACCUCAGCAGCCAGUGCAAGUGCCAUAUGUAGUUCCUACACCAAUGGGCACCCCGGUGCCUCCAGUACCUGCUGUCGUGCCCACCAUGCCUGCUCCUGUACCACCUGUACCGACACGAUAUCCAGUCCCCCAAGUGCAGCCUCCGGUCACCACCAUUCCAGCUUCUAUGGUUAGUCCAUAUGUUCCAGCGGCUCCUGUUAAACCAGUCACCGCCCCUCAGCUGGUGCCAAGUUUACCACCUCAAGGACAGAAAAGGAGAUUUACAGAGGAGUUGCCUGACGAACAAGACUCUGGCCUGCUGGGCUACCAGCAUGGACCCAUUCAUAUGACUAAUUUAGGUACAGGCUUCCUGGGCCAGAACAAGGUGGAGACUCCAGCCGCUAAACCUGAACCAGCCUCCAGCAAAGAGCGAGAGAGGGACAGGCAGCUGAUGCCCCCACCAGGGUUACCAAUGUUAACGCAGAAGAGUCCAGAGGAGCGAGGGAGCGCGCGGAGCUGUGACGGUGCAGAUGGUGAGUGUUGUGAGCCCAAGAAGCUCUGCUCUGUCUGGUGGGCGCUCAUUCUGCCAGCACAGAACCCCCCCCCCCCUUCUCUGCCAAGGUCACUGAUCAGCACUCACACCGGAAGCUGCUGCAGGACCCCGCUAUUGAGCCGGUCCUGUGUAUAUGAUACUGUCCCCCACCCUGUGAGACCUUUAUACAGAGGGUGGGAGACAGCUUGUUACACUCUCUGGUGUCAUCUCUAACUGCAUAUUUUUGUAUUUUUUUUGUGUCUCUUUUUUUUUUUUUUUCUUCUCCAUUUUCUCUUAUCUUCCAUGACCGUGGACCGUGUUGCCCGUGCUGCGGUUGACCUGACGCGUGACCUGUCCGGGGGGAACCUUCUUGCCUGUUACAUGGUUUCCGACUAAUGUAUUUAUUUCUUAUGAAUUAACGGAUGCGGGUAUUUUGUCUCUCGUUCUUUGUUCCUUUUUUAUAUUUCUUCCCCCCGCCCUCCGAUACCUCCUCUGUUUUGUCUCCCCUCCCCCUCUCCCCCCUUGGCUGCUGUUCUUACAUUUUUCAGAUACCCCCACCAAGAAGCUAAAGACUGACAAAACCUUUGGUCUGGUAGCCUACGCCGGAGACUCUUCCGAUGAGGAAGAAGAGCACGGGGGCCACAAGAAUUCAGGUUCCUUCUCUCAAGGGUGGAAUGUAGGAUACCAGUAC